UUCUCACCAUGAUCAACCAGUACCAGUGUGAUGACACUUUACCCAUAAACCCCCUCUCCAUGCUGCUCAACGGCAUCGUGGAUCCCGCCGUCAUGGGCGGCUUCGCCAAAUACGAGAAGGCGUUCUUCACGGAUGAAUACAUGAACGAACAUCCUGAUGACAGAGACAAACUCACGAGACUCAAAGACCUCAUCGCAUGGCAGAUCCCGUUGUUGGGCAGAGGAAUCAGUCUGCAUGGAAAAAGGGUGACUGAUGACCUUCGACCUUUCCAUGAACGCAUGGAGGAGUGUUUCAAACAGCUGAAGAAGAAGGUGGAGAAGGAGUACGGAGUGAGAGAGCUGCCGGAUACGGAUGAGAGACGAUCCACUCGGCCACGCUCUAUGCUGCGCUCGGUUCGACAGUCUAUCUGCUCAUUGGCUGGAUCUGAAUGUGGAACGCCCACUAAGACACACCCAGAGAG